GUACUUCGUUCAGCGUUGCGUCGGAUGUGUUCUGACAAGACUAGCCGUGGCUGGGACGAACGGCCUGUCUGUGCUCGAGUGUUUUUGUGUGUGUUUGUGUGUAUCAGAAUUUGAGGAAGUGUUAUGCCAUCCAGCUCUGAAGUGGUGUGUGAAGAGCAGAGAAGGACAGGAGCUGCCAAGCAGGCUGAGGGGGACAGUAUCAGAAUCAUGUCUUCCAAGCAAGCCACCUCUCCAUUCGCCUUGACCCCUGAUGGAGGCGAGGAUGGAGUGAAUCAGGAGCACAUGUCCUGGGAAAAAGAUGAAAACUCAGAGUCAUUAGUCGCCCCUCAGCUGCCCCUGCACAAUCUGCUCCACAACAAACCUCCCCCGGAGGAGCUCCAGCCAAUCAGCAGCAGCGUGCCGCCCGAAUCCGACUGGGACAGCCUGAUGUUGGCCCAGCAGCGCAUGAUUCCCAUUAGUCAACAGUACCAACUGCUGCAGAGCAUUCCAGGAGCCAUCUUCUCUCUGGAGCUCAGCUGUUGA